AUGAGGCUUCUAUCCAAUGAGGGUGUCAGGCCGCGUUUCUUACAACUAUACAUCAAUGACACCGAUAAUGAGCUACAUAAUAGAAUGCAUGAAAAUCCACAGCUGCGCCAAAAUGUAGUUCACAAAUUACAGAAAAUGCUCCAUCAGUUUAAUCCUUUUGUAAUUAGGUUUAAGCAACUGUCACUACUUCAAAAUAUCAGUGAAUGUAGCCUCAUAUUUAAGGAGCGUCCAAGUAAUCACCAUCAAUACAACCUUCCAACUGCAGAACAAGUUGCGAUAAUUAUUGUUAGAUGUAAUGCAGAUUCUCUAGAAUAUGGAAGGGAUAUUAAUGUCAUUCGUCAUGAUGGAAAUCUCAAAAAAGUUCAAGAGAGAAAGGGAUAUUAUGAUCCUUUGCAAUAUCCUAUAUUAUUUCCAUUUAGGACGCAUGCUUGGGACGUCAGCACAACAAAUUGUAAUGGACGGAGAGUGUCAUGUAGAGUGUAUUACAGUUACAUGCUUCAGAUUCGUCCGAAUGAUCAAUCAAUGUUGUUAAAUGCGGGGAGGUUAAGGUGUAUUAAAGAGCACCAAAGUGAUAUACGUGCUGAAUUGUACCAAGGUUUACAGGAUGCUUUGCAUGUUGGUGAAACUAAUGCAGAAAACAUUGGAAAAAGAGUAAUUUUGCCAUCACCAUUUAUUGGCGGUCGUCGAGACAUGACACAACAUAAUGAAGAUGGCAUGACUAUUGUUCUUAAUGGCGAUCGUCCAGAUUUGCUAACAAGAAUAUUUCGUUCGAAAUUUGAGCAAUUGAAGGAUGAUGUUAUUAAUAAAGGAGUCUUGGGAAAAGUUAAAAGCUACAUGUAUGUCACUGAAUUUCAAAAGGGAGGACUGUCGCAUGUGCAUAUGUUGUUGGUCUUAGAAAGUAACGAUAAGUUGCAUGACCCAAAAGAUUAUGAUAGUAUGGUAAGAGCAGAAAUACCUAAAUUAGAAUGUGAACCACAGUUGCAUAAAGUUGUUGUAAAACAUAUGAUGUACGGACCUUGCAGCAUAAUCAACCAAAAGUCUCCAUGUAUGGAAGACGUACAUUGUAAGAAAAGGUAUCCCAAACAAUUCUUGGAUGAAACACGUCAAGGCACUGACUCAUAUCCCGAGUAUAGGAGAAGGUUUGAUGAAUCUAUAUUGUUAGGUAGAGAUAGGUCUGUCGAUAAUAGAUGGUUGGUUCCUUAUAACCAUUGGUUACUGUUAAAGUAUGAUUGUCACAUCAAUGUAGAGAUUUGCAGUAGCAUUAAAAGUAUCAAGUAUCUAUACAAAUAUGUGUACAGGGGCCCUGAUCGUGUGGCUAUGGAGGUUCAUAAAGGAUCAUACAUGGAUGAAGUUCAGCAAUAUGUUGAUGCAAGAUGGAUUUGUGCUCCCGAGGAAUUAUGGAAAAUAUUUCGAUUCACUCUUUACUAA